CCCGGUGCCUCCCGCUCCGCUCCGCGCCCGCUCCGCCGAUGGCCGCCGGCCGCCGCGCUCCCCCGGAGCCCGGCGGGGGCCCGGUGCUACUUCAAGGCAUCUUCGGCGCGGGGCCGGCCCCCGGUGCCGCCGCCUGCUCGCUGUCCCUGACGGCCCGGGAGCUGCAGGUGCGGCGUGCCGGCGGCUGCUCGGGCGGCUCGGCCGGUCCCGACGCCGCGCUCCGCCUGGCCGACUGCGUGGGCUCGGCCGCUUUCCCCGCGGCCGCGGCCGCCGCCUGCUUCUCGCUGGUGUGCUACCCGCUGCGGGGGCCGCGCUGGGGGCCGCCCGCCCGCCAGCGCCUGGAGCGGACCUUCCGCGUCUCCCGGGGUCCCGACGCCGAGGGCAACCUGCGCAUCGCCCAGGCCUGGAGCCGCCGCAUCCGCGAGCUCGCCGUGCCCGCCGUGCCCGCGCAGGACGGUGACAGCUACGGGGUGCUGCCCCGGCCCUGCCACGCACUGGUGCUGCUGAACCCACAGAGCGGCUCCGGCCGUGCCCUUGAUGACUUCCAGGCAGUGGUGCAGCCCAUGCUGGCUGAGGCUGACAUUGCCACCACUGUCUUCGUCACCGAAAGAGCCCACCAUGCGCAUGAGAAGGUGCGAGAUGAGGACCUGUCACAAUGGGACACGUUGGUGGUCAUGUCUGGGGACGGGCUGCUGUUCGAGGUGGUGAACGGGCUGAUGGAGCGUCCGGACUGGAAGGAGGCCAUGAAGAAGCCGCUGUGCAUCCUGCCAGGAGGCUCUGGGAACGCCCUGGCUGCCUCUAUCAACUACUAUGCAGGCUACGAUCACGUUGCCAAGAAAAAGCUGCUGACGAACUGCACCUUCAUCCUGUGCAAGGGGCUGUACACGCAGAUGGACCUGGUGUCGCUGAGCACGGCCUCGGGGAAGCGCUUCUUCUCCUUCCUGGGCUUCGGCUGGGGCUUCAUCUCGGACGUGGACAUCGACAGUGAGAAGUACCGCUGGCUGGGCAACGCCCGCUUCACCCUGGGCACCCUGCAGUGCCUGGCCAAGCUCAGGGUGUACCAGGGCCGCCUGUCCUACCUGCCCAUCUCCGCGGAGCAGGGCAGCUCCCCGGCACCCCGGGACGCCCCCGCGCCCGUCACCAACGGCCACAUCCCGCAGCCGGCGGGGACGGAAGCGCCCGGCUCCCUGCCCCCCGACUCGCUGCUGGCGCCGCUGGGCCAGCCCGUGCCGGCGCACUGGACCGUGGUCCCCGAGGAGGAGUUUGUCCUGGUCUACGCCAUCUACCAGUCCCACCUGGGCACCAACCUGCUGAUGGCACCGGCGGCCCGGCUGCACGACGGCUGCAUCCACCUCUUCUACAUGAAGGCCGGCAUCAGCCGCGUGACGCUGCUGAAGCUUUUCCUGGCCAUGUCCAGGGGGACCCACCUGGACUUGAACUGUCCCCACCUGUCCUACGUCCCCGUCCGGGCGUUCCGCCUGGAGCCGCGGGUGGCUGCGGGCGUCAUGACAGUGGAUGGGGAGGCGCUGGCCUGCGAGCCCGUGCAGGGCCAGGUUCAUGCCCGCGUCUGCCGCGUCCUCAGCGGCUCCUGAGCUCCCCGUUCGCCCUCCCUGCAGCGCUGAGCUGCCGGCACGGCCCGGCGCGAGGCUGGCAGAGACUUCCUCCCACUCAGGAACCCCUCCUUCCAUAGCAAUAGGUCUUUGGGGGGGGGGGGCGUGGGGCUCAUCCCCUCGCUUGCCCCCACGCUUAGCUUUACCCCCUUGGGACGGCCACCAGUGCUGUUCCAAAAAUGAGCCACAAGCCCCAUCAGGUACUCGGUGCCGGCGAGACGCCAGCGUGGUUUAUCCUGGUACGAGGUCCCGGCCCCGAGGCGGCUGCGCCGGCACAGCCCCGUCCCCUCCCCGGCUCGGACGCACACGGUGGCAUCGCUGUGUCCCCGCCCCGGAGCCAGUGCCACCCCCUAGGGAGGGUCAGGACCAAUAGAUCUAAUACAAUAAACCGACUUUUUAAAGAAUGUUUCUACCCAAAGCUUCCUGUAGAAGCGAAGUUUAUUCUUGUGAGAAAUGCAAAAUAAAUAUCUAGCGUUUGCAAAAAAAA